GUUUUCUUUCUGGGGCUGAUAGGGGAGUGGCGAUGGGUGCUCGGGGAGUGGUCGCAUUGAGCCCCACUCUCUCCAUCACAGCUUGAUGUUGGCUGAAGUAAACAGAGACCACUGGCUGUCCAGAGUCCCUCAAGCGUUGUAAUGAAUAUGUAAACACCGCUUCCCAAGUUUCUUGGACUAACGGUGCCAUCGGACAGUAUUAUUCAUGUGUCUGGAGGGCUUCGUUUCAUUUAAUUAGCCAAGCUUUGAGUGGCUAAAGUGUCUCCAGAUCUCCAACUAACCGGCAGCGGUUAAUUUGAAACGUAAAGUGUGGAUUGAUGGAGGCUUUGAAACACUGAGAGCGGGAACAACUUUGUGUUUAAAUCAUCCAGCCACCGAGCUUGUCUGUGAGCGUGUAUCUGAGCGGAGAACAUUAUAGCGGAGUUGCAGUUUGCCGGCUUUCUUUGUGUUGCUUUUCUCCAAGCAUGCUUGAACCUCGCAGCGCAGGAGCAGUUUGAACAUCGCCAAGCCUUCCUCAACAUCCCAAAACUAUGGCCAGCGAUCACUGCUUAUAGAAGAGGAUUACUAAAACUCAUUACAACAUCCUUUUAACCUUUCUCUGUCCCCUUGAGCUGCAUUAAACCCGCGUUGUUCACUGCUUCCCUCUCAUUCACCGCGCCUGGAUUGUUGAAGGACAAGUAAGAGAAAAAUUGCGCCCUUUUCAUAGAGCAGCGCUUCGCCGAGAGGAAACAUGGAUGUAUUUUAUCCGUCUGCCGGAGGGAAUUCUAUUCCUGGAGACCCACAAAACCUGGAUUUUUCCCAUUGCCUGGGAUACUACAACUACAACAAGUUUGGGAAUAACAACUACAUGAACAUGGCUGAUGCCAAUGGAGCUCUAUUAGCAGGAGAUACGUUUCAUACGCCAAGUCUUGGUGAUGAGGAGUUUGAAAUACCCCCCAUCACCCCUCCUCCUGAGACCGAGCCUGGUAUGGGCCUCCAGGAGGUGGACUCACCUUUCCCCGGGCUACCUGUCCACCCCAACUCUCAGCGGGGGUCGUUCACCCCUCAGUUCCCACCCCAGAGCCUGGAGCUGCCCUCAAUCACCAUCUCCAGAAAUAUGAUGGAGCAGGAAGGACAUAUCAACAAUGGACAUCCAGGGGCUGUCGGGCAGACCCAUCUCCGUCAGUACCCUCCAAACCCCACCAUGGUGAUGCGCUCCAUCAUUAGCAUGCAUAACCCCAAUGGCAUGAUGUCACAAAACCAGCUUACCACCAUCAACCAGUCCCAGAUCAACCCACAGCUGGGGCUGAAUAUGACCGGAUCAAACUUUGCUCAUGCGUCCCCAUCCCCACCCGCCAGCAAAUCAGCCACACCCUCUCCCUCCAGCUCUAUUAAUGAAGACGAUCAAGAGGAAGGAAACAGGGUGAUUGGUGAAAAGCGUCCCGCCCCUGACGCAGGUAAGAAGCCUAAGACACCCAAGAAAAAGAAGAAGAAGGAUCCCAAUGAGCCUCAGAAGCCAGUGUCUGCAUAUGCCCUGUUCUUCAGAGACACCCAGGCGGCCAUUAAAGGCCAGAACCCUAACGCCACGUUCGGAGAGGUGUCCAAGAUAGUAGCUUCAAUGUGGGAUGGAUUGGGAGAGGAGCAGAAACAGGUUUACAAAAGCAAAACAGAAGCAGCAAAGAAAGAGUACCUGAAAGCUCUCGCAGUGUACCGUGCUAGCCUUGUGUCAAAGGCUGCCGCAGAGUCAGCGGAGGCCCAGACGAUCCGCUCGGUGCAACAGACUCUCGCCUCCACCAGCUUGUCGCCAGAACUCGUGCUGCCUUCCCCUCUAUCCCAGCACCCCUCGAUGUCUGCCGCGGCACAGGCACUCCAGCAGGCCCUGCCUCGAGCCAUCGCCCCAAAACCUCUGCAAAUGCGUGUCGGCAGCAGCCAGAUUGUCACCUCGGUCACGGUAGCUCAUCAGAACAUGACGGCCGGCGGCGUUCAGUCACAGCUGCUGGGGCAGAUGGGAGCGGGCGGUCCGCAGUCAGGCAUGUCGUCGCAAUUGAGUCCACCAAUGCAGCCCCGGCACGCUUCCAUGCAGCAGCAGAUGCAGCAGCACUUGCAGCACCAUCAAAUGCAGCAGCAGCAAAUGCACCACCAGCAAAUUCAGCAGCAAAUGCAGCAGCAGCAUUUCCAGCAUCACCUGCAGCAGCAGCUUCAGCAGCACCACAUGCAGCAGCAGCACCAACAGAUGCAGCAGCAGCAGCAGCAGCAAAUGCAAAUGCAGCACAUGCAGCACAUGCAGCAGAUGCAGCAGCAUCAAAUGCAGCAGCAUCUCCCGCAGUCGCAGUGUUCGCCCGUGCAGCACUCGCCCGGCACGCCACACUCAGCCUCUCUCGGCAGCCCGCCGCCCCCUCCUGCGUCCCAGCCUCACCCCUCACAGGUACAGGCUCACGCGCAGGUCCUGUCGCAAGUGAGCAUCUACUGAACCAAAAGCCCUCGGACCCACAGUUGCGAGACUCCACGAGAAAGCCAGAGGGAAGUUGUUAUUGAAAAGCAUCGUUACAAGGUUGCUUUUUUAAAGUUGCACUUAAGAAGUGUGUAAGAAAUAUGAAUGUUUUACAAAGAACUGUCCUUUGUUCUAGAUGGAUAUAAGAUAUGUGUUAAAAGGACGAAGCGUCUUAGCUGGAUUUUUUGUCUAUAAGAUAGGCUGAGCUACCGGGAGGUCUGUUGAUAGACUUGAGUGCCCAGUAGUCAUUUGUAUGUAUAUUUAGUUCAUUUGGUUUCUCUCUCUCUCUCUCUGUUGUGGAGUUUAAACUCUGUCAGAGCAUGAUGGCAUGGGAAGAACGUUCAGAGAUGAUCACAGAAACACCUGACGGUUUUAUUUAACAGCUUUAUUUAUAAGGUUGGAUUGGCUUUCACCACCAGACAAAAUAGAAGACCGGAUUUCUGUGGACGGGGAAUUUCUAAAGAAGGCACUGUUUCGCAAAAGAGAUGAACUGAACUGCUACUAAACUGGUCAUCAGAGACAUGCUGUAUGACUCUUGCACUGUCUGGCCAGUGUAUCGUCAAGUCUACCCUCUCUUCUUCCCUUUUCCAUCAUCCUUUUUGCCGUUCCCACGGAUGAAACUGUUUAACAGUCACUGUUGGGAAGCUCUCAAUCAAAUCAUCCUGCUUUUAGAACCAAGUGGUGUUUGACACAUCUCAUGCCGUGUUAUCAAACAGGACAUUUUCAAAAGAUGUAAAACACUCGGCGUUUUGCUGGACUAUUUGACACGCUUCCAUAGAUCAUUUCAGUCAUCACGUCUCCAAACACCUUCUGUGACCUGCUGUAUGUGUUCUUAGGAAAGAGGAGAGAACGUUUUUGGAGUUCUUCUCUGGCCAAAACCCUCAAAAGCGCAUUCACUCCAACAUAUGUAGUAACAGCACUCCAAAAAAACUUCUUCUCUGUAAUUAUCUUUACCUCAGAAGUUUUAUUGAAUAAGUUAUGUUUCUGUUUUUUCUUUUGUGUAAUGAAAACUUAUGUUAUGGGGGGGAAAGCUAAAUUACUGAAUUUAGGCUGUUGGUUUACUGAUUGGGGUAUUUUUAUUUCAUAAUACCCUACAUUUCACAACAAGGGCCGUUAAAUGGGAGUCUUAUCAGUUUUUUUUUUUUACUAUCAUAGAAAGGACAUGGAAGUAUUUUGUGCCAGCUGUAAAAUAAUCAGUGGUAAGAUAAAAGAAAAUGAAGUUGUACAUUUUUCAUACCUCUUGUUGUAAAGUUUUAAUAUGUGAGGCUUUAAAUGCAGACGUUGGCAAGCUGACCUGUCACCUGCUUUAUCUCAUUGUGCUCUUUUCUACUUUUUUUAUGAGUUACAGUAGCAGCAAAUCAUUUGUUUGUAUUUUUGCUUACAUUUCAAAAGUAAUUGCUUUUAAAAACCUGACAGUAAAAUAAAUACAGUUCAUGUCAGUUGAAAACUUCACCUGUUUUUAAACGUCAUAAAUGUCAUUGAUUAAGUUUUAUUUUUGCCGUCCAAAAAAAAAAAAAAAAAAAACA